CAAAAAAAUUAAAUAAUCUCUUUUGGAUCCCUUCACUCAUAAGUCAAUUCUCAUAUAUUAUAUCCUCUCCUAUAAAUACCCUAUACAUUCUCUUCAUCUAUCUACUACACAAACACCACAAUCACAAAAACAUAUAGAUAUAUCCUCAAAAAUCAUCUCUCCAAGAUGGACCACGAGGAAAUACCAUCAAUGCCCUCAACGCCGGCGACAACACCGGGGACUCCAGGAGCACCGCUCUUUGGAGGUUUCGGCGGGAAGAGGAAUGGGCAUAGUGGUAAAUACACACCAAAGUCAAUUCUAAAAAGCUGCAAAUGUUUCAGUGUUGAUAAUGAGUGGGCUCUUGAAGAAGGAAGACUCCCUCCAGUCUCUUGCGCUCUACCUCCUCCUAACGUCUCCCUCUACCGUAAGUUGGGAGCAGAGUUUGUGGGAACAUUGAUACUGAUAUUUGCCGGCACAGCUACGGCGAUUGUGAAUCAGAAGACAGAUGGAGCGGUGACGCUUAUUGGCUGCGCAGCCUCUGCCGGUCUAGCCGUUAUGAUCGUUAUAUUAUCUACCGGUCACAUCUCUGGGGCACAUCUCAACCCGGCUGUUACCAUUGCAUUUGCUGCUCUGAAACACUUCCCAUGGAAACACGUGCCGGUGUAUAUAGGAGCGCAGGUGAUAGCCUCGUUGUGUGCGGCGUUUGCACUGAAAGCAGUGUUUGAACCGACGAUGAGCGGUGGCGUGACGGUGCCAACGGUGGGUCUCAGCCAAGCUUUCGCUUUGGAGUUCAUAAUCAGCUUCAACCUUAUGUUUGUUGUCACUGCCGUCGCUACCGACACUAGAGCGGUUGGAGAGUUGGCGGGAAUAGCGGUUGGAGCAACGGUCAUGCUUAACAUACUCAUAGCUGGACCGGCAACUUCAGCUUCGAUGAAUCCAGUAAGAACACUAGGUCCAGCCAUUGCAGCUAACAAUUACAGAGCCAUUUGGGUUUACCUUACUGCACCAAUUCUUGGAGCGUUGAUCGGAGCAGGAACAUACACGAUCGUGAAGCUGCCAGAGGAAGACGAAGCACCCAAAGAGAAGAGGAGCUUCAGGAGAUAAAUCUUCAAACCCCAUCUGCCAUGUCUCUCUGUUUGCGUCACUAUGUGUAUAAUAUAAUCCCUGAAGUCAGAGAUAUUAUAUCAUUAUAGUAUAUAAGUUCUGAAAUCCAAAAGUAUUGCGAAUGCUUUUUCUUUAUAAAUCAAAUAUUGCAAUAUCGUUUUCUGUCAA